GCAGCAUCAUCCAAAAAACAUCCCUGUCCUCGUCUAUUAUCAAAAAUAUAUUCAGAAAUCAGCAACAGCAGUCGAAGAGACGAUAGCAAAUCUAUCACAAAUCCAUAUAUUGCCUUUCGUAGAAGGCUUGACAAAGUCCAAACACGCAAAAAACAGCGAACAGAAUUAUCAACUUAUGAAAAAUUGCUUCAAAUAAAUUUUGUAAUGAAACGUUCAAUUGUACUAACUGGGAUAAUGGCACAAAGAGAAAAAUUGAAAAAAGUUUUGUUUGAUUCUGAAUUUGAUUUGUUUAAAAUGAAAAUUUUGGAAUUACAAAGAGAAAAGGGAAGGAAUGAAAAUGAAGAAAAAUUGGAAAGAAUUCAAGAAGAAAUACAACAACAACAACCUUCAACUAGUGGAAUAAAUGAUUCAGAAUUUAUUUUAUUAAAACAACAACAACAAAGCUCAAGUAGAAGAAAUAGUUCAAAUUUAGAUUUUAUUAAGGAUGAUAAAACUAUACAAAGAAAUAUUGAGUUAUGGAACUCUGCCACGUUAAUUACAUCAACAACCCUUUCAUUACCAACAACUAGCGGCGACGAUUCGUCAGAACUUGAAAAAAUUGCUGCCACAGAUUCAAAUUCUAUUAUUGACGGUCGCUAUCAAUUUAAAAGAAAACAUGGCUGUAGAUACAAUGCACCAACCCCUCGUAAUUUACUCAAUGAGCGUCAACAACAUUUGUCUAUGCUUAAUGACGAGCUUAGCACUUUUCGCUGUUUUUCAGCAAGGUUUACUCAGGAAGUCUGCAAUGAACCAGUUAAUGAAGCCCCCACACAAAGGUUGAGGGGAUUUGUUGGCAGGCGUAUAGGCCGAGGAGGCCGCCAAAUAAUUGAUCUCUUUUAUUUACCUUCAAAUUCUUCUACUCCUCCUCCUCUUCUUCUUCCUCCUCCCACAAAUAGCAGAAAUACUGAACGGAUCUCUUCCGCGAAGAAUGUAUAA